CAUAGCACAAGCUUUCCAUGUAUUAUAUUUAUUGUGUUCCAUAAUUAAGGAUUUUAACGGAGGAUUCUGGCCAUCACAGUGAAGUCACAGGUCACGCGGCGACAAAUCACGGGUCCCGUCACAGGUCCGGUCAUGCAUCACGGGUUCACGGCCAUUUAUUCUGGUCUACGCAGGUCCACGCAACUAAAUUCUUUCACAGCUUGUAAAGUCACAGCCGGCCUGCAUUUAUACCUGUCUUACAAAACAUAAGCAAGUGCAGCUAGCUUUAACCACAGAUGUCUUGGUUUGAAGAAAGGGUGGAUUUGCGAGGUGUACUAAGUGCCGGAGCGGUUAUUGGCAAAGGCGCCUGCAAUGCCAAAUGGAUAGGUCGCGAAGCAGGCGGAGCUAGGCUGACGGUUGAGGAUACGUACGUUAUUGUGACGGGUCGCAGCCGGGCCGUUGUCAGCAGAGCGGUUCAGCUGCUGCAGGCUCAGUUAGACGCUAACGAGCAACUUGUGAGCCCUGCCUACCCGCACCCGCUGCGGAUCGACUAUGUGCUGCUGGAGGAUGCGUUCGGCGCCAACCCUGACGUGCGCUUCCGCUACCGGGCCGACGAGGCGGCCCGUGCCACGGGACGACCGAAUAAACUCUUUGAGCUCUCUCCCGCCCGUGACAGCAGCAACAUCAGCAGCAGCGGUGGUGGUGGUGGUGGGGCUUAUGCUGACGAGGCAGACAGCCUGGCGGCUCUCCUGGCGGGAGCCUCCCUCCGACCCUCAAGAGCUGCGCCUGCAGCAGCUGCUGCUGGGAAGGCCGCCUCCGGGGGUGAGGGCGCUCGCUUCCACGCCGCUGCUGCUGGCGCGUUGCGUGGGUCGGUGGCCCGGGCGCUUUCUGACGCGGCACGCAUCGCGGCGGCCAACACGCCGAGCUUUGACGUGCUGAAGCUCCGGUUUAACCUUGGCAAGCAGUUCUUUUCCGACCAGGGUGAGUUCGAGAAGAGGUCCGCCAUACCGCUUUCUGAGCUGCAGGCCCUCAGCCCGGACGCCAUGUUCAAGAAGUCCACAUACAGCAACUGCGUGCCGACCAGCACCGUCCCACGGGUCGUUUCGCGCCUCUCGCAGCGCAUGGGCUUCACCCUGGUGGACACCAAGACCACCGCCACGUUGCACGUCAUUGACCAGGCGCUCAAUGUGCACUACGCGGUUGGGCUGUCACUGUCAUCGCACGGGGACGGUCCCGGCGGUGUCACGCUGCGCAAGGUCAAGUCCUCCUCCAGUCGCUGCCACUUCGCAGCGCUGCUGGGCGGGCCGGAGCAGUUGGACAUGCGUAUCAAGCUGAUUGGGCAGCGGGACUUGCAGGACAGCAGGGCCCAGGCGGCGGCUGACCACAUCGUGGCCGCAUGCAACCGAGUGGGCUAUGCGGUCGCAACCAGCAGCAGCAGCAGUGGGGGCUACCUGCCAGCCAACAUGAGGCUGGAGCUGGCGCGCAGGAAGACCAAGCAGGUCUACGAGGGGGAGCACCGGACGGCCUCCGGCAACCUGCUGCGUAUGCGGCUGAGCUUGUUGACGGUGGAGGACAAGGACGGUCGCCGCAAUGAGAUCACUGGCACGCUGCCGGAUGUGGACCAGGAGCUAUCCCGCCUGCUGGGGGAGGCUGUCCCUGCUGGGACGUCCAGGAGUGGCGGCGGCUCCAGCCCUGCCUCCCGCCGGGCGGCGGCCGCAGGCACCACCACCACCUCGUCAGCCGGGGGGGACCCGCUGCCCUGCGGUGCGGAGUGGGCAGGCGACGUGCUGAGCGCGCUGGCGGAGUUCAUGGCGGAGUUGAACGCGGCGGA